AUGUCUAAUGAACGAACACCAUCUCGCAUUGAACUACAAAAACGGUUCAAAGAACGAAUUAAUUCGGGAUCUAAUACCACAACAAAACCAACAAUGCCAGCAACACUCGAUCAAUUACCAAAUUAUUUACGCGAAACAUUACCAGAAAAUUAUACUUAUAUUAUAAAAUCGUGUAAAAAAUUGGAGCCAUCAAAAGUGGAAGGAGCACCAACAGUCGCGUUUGAUUCGACCUUUUAUGUGAAUAUUUCAUCUGCGGAAAGGAUUGAAGCAUGGAGAACUGCAUUUAAUAAUAAAACAGGAACAGUAUUCAGAAUUACGCGUGCGGAUAAAGUUAAAGGAGUAAAGGUUAUAUAUCAUAAAGAUUUUCAUUGUAGACAUGCUGACAUCGCCGCAAUUAAAUAUAUGCAAAAAUCUUAUGCGCAAAAAGCAGGACAAAGAAGAAAUAGAAAUACAAAUUGUCAAUGUUUAGCAAAAAUUCGACUUGAAAAAGCUCGUCUACAACUUUCUCAUCCAUGCGAAAUUCAUUUA